AUGUACAGGCACAAACUCUCGUUCUACGCCGUCCACGCCUGGCUUGGACUUGCGCUCUCUUCUCUGGUUUUGGCGGCGUCGACCUCGAGCUCCUUGUUACAUCAGUACUCGGAUGGGACCUGGAUAGAAGCACUGACGGUGCGGUCAAAUGGACUGAUUCUCGCCACAGACGCGUCCGCACCUCACCUGUACUCGAUCAACCCGUUCCACGGCACGUCUGACCUAGUCUUUACAUUCCCCUCCGCCACCGGCGCCGUUGGGAUCGUCGAAGUGCGUCCAGAGUUCUUUGUCGUGGUCGCCGGCACCUUUUCUUUGCAGACCUAUCUCGGAGAGACGGGGUCGUUCUCGCUCUGGGCCGUGGACUAUUCACGUUGCGGACCGGGCGAUGCUCAUCCGAUAGUGACAAAAUACAUGGAUUGGCCUGAGGCCAAGUUCGGCGACGGGUUGACGACCCUGCCCGGGCGCAGCGACAUGGUCCUCGGGGCAGACUUGAACCUCGGGGUCGUUUUUCGCCUCAACCUCGACCGGCGGACCGCAGAAAUUGCCAUCGCCGACCCACUGAUGGGCCCCGGUAGCACGAUAAUCGGCGUCGACGGGAUCAAGAUUUUUCACAACACUCUCUACUUUACCAAUCCAGGCCAGGAGAUCAUCGGGGCAGUUCCCGUCGACUCGACAGGAUCGGCCACCGGACCCUCGCGCGUGAUUGCCCCGAUCGGAGGCGACGACUUUGCAAUCGACGGACAGAAGGGAGGACGCCUCUUUACCGUCGGUGGCUCCAACGUCCUGUCGCAGAUCGAUCUGGCCUCGUUGAGCGUGCACAAUCUGACCAUGCUUCCCGGCCCCACGGCGUGUCAGUUUGGCCGCACGCUCAACGACACCGGCUGCCUGUACGUGACGACUUCGGGAGGGGACGCUGAAUACGCGGAGCUCCCUGUUUCGGUCGGUGGAGCAAUCUACGCCGUGGAUGUGUUUGGCAACAACAGCUGUCCGCAGUGGUGAUUAUAGCCAGG